GCGAGUCACCGCGAAUGCCGGCAAAGUGCGCGAAAAUUACCCACCGAUCGGGAGAGCGUGUGAGUUUGUGCUUCCUCAGGAUCGUCCGGGAUCCCCGUCGAGAUCGCCUGAGCGCGAUUUGGUUCGGCGAUCAGAUCGAGAUGUGUCUUCUCUCCGUAGGCUCCGAUCAUGGACUUCGACGCUGUCUGCAACUGCGGGGGCAAGGUCAACGUGAACGACUGGCAGUUGAACAGGAGCGGCCUGUUUUAUCACAAGGAAGUGGAAAAUGCGCUGUUCCUGCAGACGGAAUAUUCCUUCUCCCACAGGGAAGUCAGUCUCUUCAACUGCGUCAUGCCUGGAGCCAUAGCUGUGAUGAAUCUCAAGCAUCUCACUAGCUGCAUGGAGAUGCAGUUGAAGAUAUUAAGUAGACACAACAGAUCUAUCACAAUAUCUGGAGCAUGCGACGAUCGUCGUGAUUAUUUCUCCAUAAGGAAGAUGGUCUGUGAAUUCAUUUUAUAUUUUCGUGCGUACAUGAACAGUAUAAGAUGGGAUCUCAGUAUAUUGGAAAUAAUAGAACCUGAAAUCAGUAAAGAUGUGGACACUUUGUUCGGCUCCAUCAAGCAGUUUUUCAGCACAUUGCACAGUAUUCCAGAUUCCACUCUGCUUUAUGCAGCUUCUAAUUUAGGCAACAAGUGUAAGCAACCAGAAUUUCAUUUGUAUCAUAUGCACAUAGAGUUAAGAUGGUUCUUUGUCACGCUGAUGCGUGCACGCACUAUGUGGUACCAGGAUUCGAUACACAUGCAAUUGGAGGAGUUUGAGAAUACAUUUGCAACGGUCAUCAAUGAUCUGAUAUAUUCUGCUUUGAAAGUGUUCGAGAGGUUAUCCUUGAACUGGACCACGGAUCUGAAGCAGAAAACGCCGUACAAUUGUACGUGUAUACGAGAAUUGUGGCUGAUGCUUCAGAUAUUCAUCGAUAACUUUGAGGAAAGGGUGAAAACUAAGGUAUUUUGGGAUCAUGUAAACGUUUGUAUCAAUAAAAUAUUAGAUAAGAAUCAGACCGAGGUAAUGUCCUGGCACAGAAGAGUGAGUCCUUUGUCAGACUGUAAAAACUCCGAACUGUUCUGCAUCUGGAUAAUAUACCACUUGUCUCUGUUGUACGGAUACAGCAGCGACGGCAUAUACUUACAAUCUUCCUCGCCAAGGAUCAGAUCUAAUUACGAGCAAGUUGAGAAAAUUCUCAAAGUAUAUGUCUGCAAGGGAGGGAAGGACGGCGAGAGGGACGAACUUGAUACCGAGCUGAAGAUUAUAAUACCGUUGUUACACGACCUCAUUAUUAACUGGUGGAAACCGAGGAUAUCAGUUGUGUCUUUGGGUCUCUGGGACUGCUUUCACAAGAGAUUGGACCAGCCGUUCUUACAGCAGACUUCCGGGCCCUGGGCCUUGUCUUUUGAAAAGAAAAGCGCUGCGGAUAUUCUGAAACAAAUCAACGAUAGAAUUGACGGCAAGUUCGAGCAGUCUAAGGAAUCGAGCUACAGCAUGUUCUUGCAUCUGCUAGGGACUUUCUUGAAGAACUACAGCAAGAUGGAUGCGAAGUAUUGGAAUCAGGUCAAGGGUCGCGUGUAUACGAGAUUCUCCAAGAGCAAAGUCAGGGAAUUCUCCGAAAGCGGCCUAUAUAAUUUCAUAUCUUUAUUUAUUACUUUAGCCAUUACUGCAGAUACUACUAACGUGUGUUUAACAAUGCUGGAACUGUUGCCAUCUACAAACGAGGUAAACAAUGAAAACAACAAGAAGCACAAUUUAGUUUGGAAAGGGAAACUGGUGUGUCUGCUGUUGUUCAACGAAAAGGGAUUAUCCUUUAGUUCUAUAGCUAAUCAUUUCACAGAAACAAUCAACUUAAUAAGCUGCCGUAAAGACGAAGUAUCUCGCUCCAUGAUGACAAACUUCGUCGACGUGCUAAAUAAGAUCUUAUCCGGCAACGAGAAAAUGGAUCUGGGGGAACAUCAUUUCAUCGGCGGCUGGAUCGAUCGUUACCUCUUGGAGUGUCCGAAAAAUAGAAUCGCCGCUUUGCUCGGGAUGCUCGCCAACGUUUUCGAGAAGUGUGUCUUGCAAGUUUCCUGCGACAAUUCAGAUGGUGCCAGAAAAAUUUUGGACGCGCUCUGGUGUUUUGUCGCUUCCAGAGUUCGUCAACUAGUCUUCGAUCCUGUUCUCAGCGGCGAUAACUACAAAGAUAUCGCCAAACUAGCUGUCAUAUUCACGCUCGAGGGAAUCAGGGAUCCAGCUACUGCCAAGAAAUAUAAGCAUUCGGUUGCGUCUUUAUUCCAACAUUUCGCGGCAUCAAUAUUCAUUAAAGAUACAAGAAUUACUCAGUAUUAUUUAGCGUCACUUCUCGAGGACAGCCAGACUGUACGAAGCUUGAAGACAGAAAUCGUUAAUUUCGAUACCACUCUUAUUCAAGCCUGGGUCAAGUGUUCUAUCGUCGGUCACGGCACUGACAAGGAGGAACUAAAGAUCCUGCAGUAUUAUAUUACCGAGAUUUAUGAGAUUCAAGAUAUAUUUGUAUCGGCUGAUGAUCUGCAGGAAUUUCGGAACAGCAACGAACCCAUCCUGACUUUCAUAAUAUCGCUCAUGAAAAGGCAGAAUCUUUUAAAGUCUGAACAGGAGAGAUUCCAUUAUAGUGCAAAAUGUAGGACGUACUUCAAGAAUCUGGAGAAGUGGGUCCUGAUACCCAUAACGGAGGAAACAAGAGACUCGGAAGCGGCAUUCUGGAUCUACAGGUGCCUCGGGACGUUGAUACUCUGCAUUUCGCCGAUCCUGUAUACUAAAAAUCAACCGAACGAUAUGUUAAGAACGCUGGUCAACAAGGUUAUACUCGUGCCUGAGAAUUCAACGCAGCCGUAUAUCAAGCAAUUGGGAAAGAGAAUAUUCUCCAUGAUGAUACUCGGUCUGGAGAAAUUGAACGUCAAGGGUGAUAUAAUUCUGCAGGCGAUGAUAAGAGAUAUCUUCGAUCAAUACCUGCCGAUUUUAAUAACUGAGAUCAACAGCGGUGCCAGUUUUAAGAUUUCCGAUAUAUUGCUGAAGUGUUUCAAAGAGGCGACUUGCGAAUUCAUGCGUUCGAUCUUCGAGAUGCUGAUGUCGAAUUUUUACAGUACAUCGUCCGACAAUGUCAUGCAUAAACAUUCCAUUUUGAUAACUUGGCUCAUUAAGACACUGCUUAAAGAUGGAAAAACGUAUCCCAGGUAUAUCGUGGAACAUAUCAUUCAGGUUUGUUUGCCGAACAUCUUCGGAUGCUACAUGAAGGUUCACGAUCAUCAUCCGCACAAGCUGCACACGAUCGAUUUCAUCAGUGACGUAAUCAAGAGUCCUUACUACGAGGAAAAUAAGAUAAUCAGAGAAAAAUUCCAGACUGUCAUUUCCGCUGCGAUGCGAAAGCACUUGACGCUAAACAUGCAACCCACGUUCGAGUUUCUACGAUCGGUCCUGCCGAUAACGAAGGGUACAAUAAUCGGUUUGUUGCCGCAGAUCGAAGCUGUCGUAUCGCAGGCUGAACAACAUCGUCGACACAACGCGGUGUCCUUGAGGUUUAUGUGGAAUCAGCUGAAAAAACACAUGCUGAAUAUGGACAAUAAAUUGUGAUAAGGUUACAAAAUUUAUUAAUAAGCGCUAAAUAUGUGUCCUCAAUAAUGACGAUCCGGAUUUCUUCCUAGAAGUUCUCGGACUGACGACCGGUAAAUUCAAAAUGCUGAUCUGAUUUCAACGGGCGUGUACCCUAUGUUCGUGUACCGAAAACCGUACAUAUUCGCCUAAUUAUCGAGCUAAAAUAUACAAAUAGCAGCGAAAGAUAACAUUAAAUUAUACGUAUAUACGUGUAAUAUAUA